UCGGUGACUUGCGGCCCCGGCGACGCCCCGGAGCUGGCAUUCCAAACCUCCAGACUAGUGUAAGCAUCGUGCACCUGCAGCGGAGUUGGGCUUUAUUCAUGUCCGUGCUCAUGACGCCAGCGCAGUGGUUUGGCCCACGUGGGCCGUGCAUGUCCACCGUCUCCACGUACCUCUCGUAAAAAGUUUUCACUGAUCGGUCAUCACCAGGGGGCUGUCGAGGUGGAACCUCCAGCUGCCUGCUGAGAAGACCGAUGGAACGCAAGACGAGAUGGGCCUUGUGAGCCUAGACAUUAAAAGGUCCCGACUCCGGAUUUGGGUACACUCUGUUCGCUGGGUGCCUGAGCGUGGGGGACUCCAGCACCACCGCGAGGCCUGAGUUUCCAGCAGUUUCCUUAUCGAAGGUGGCCAUGCCCAAAUAGGACCUUCUGCCUCGUGGGCUGAGGCGGAGAGCUCCAGAAAGGAGUGCUGAAGUCGUCAUGCUGCAGCAGCUCCUCAUCACCCUGCCCACGGAGGCCAGCAGCGCGUGGGUGAAGUUGCGCCAUCCGAAGAAGGCCAAGGAGGGGGUGCCCCUGUGGGAGGACGUGACUAAGAUGUUUGAAGGAGAAGUUUUGCUCUCUCAGGAUGCUGAUGAGACCCAGGGAGAAAGUUUCAAGUAUGAAGUGACCUCUGCACCCUCGACAGUGGAAUCUCAGGAACUGUUGACCUUCAAGGACAUAUUUGUGGACUUCACCCAGGAGGAAUGGGGGCAACUGGCCCCUGCUCACCGGAAUCUAUACCGGGAGGUGAUGCUGGAGAACUAUGGGAAUCUGGUCUCAGUGGGAUAUCAGUUCUCCAAACCUGGUGUGAUUUCCCAGUUGGAGAAAGGAGAAGAGCCAUGGCUGAUCGAGAGAGAGAUUUCAGGAAGUCCUAGUUCAGACUUGGAGAAUAAAACAGAAACCAGCGAGUCCUCCUUAAAGAAUGAUAUUUCAUGGGAAGGAUUACACCAUGGCCUCAUGAUGGAACAGUCCACAAGAGGAAACACCUUAUAUUCCACAUUGGGAAGACUCUCCAAAUGUGAUAAGUUAGAAAGCCACCAGGAAAACCAAAGAGUGGGUGAGGGGAAAAUUCCCUUGACCCACAAGAAAACACUCACUCAGGAGAGAGGCCAAGAAUCUAACAGAUUUGAGAAAAGUAUUAAUGUGAGCUCAAAAGUUAUUCCAAGACCAGAAGGUCCUCCGAGAAAAAAAGACCAUAAAUAUAAGAUACCUAGAAAGAGAAAUAGAUACAAUUUAGAUUUGAUUAAUCAUUCAAGGAAUUAUACAAGAAUGAAAACCUUUGAAUGUACUAUUUGUGAAAAAAUCUUCAAACAGCUCAUUCACCUUACAGAACACAUGAGAAUUCAUACUGGAGAGAAACCUUUCCGAUGUAAAGAAUGUGGAAAAGCCUUUAGCCAAAGUUCAUCCCUUAUUCCACAUCAGAGAAUCCAUACUGGUGAGAAACCCUAUGAAUGUAAGGAAUGUGGGAAAACCUUCAGACAUCCAUCAUCUCUUACUCAACAUGUUAGAAUUCAUACUGGGGAGAAGCCCUAUGAAUGUGGUGUAUGUGAGAAAGCAUUCAGCCAGAGCAUUGGGCUGAUCCAGCAUCUGAGAACUCAUGUUAGAGAGAAACCUUUCACAUGCAAAGACUGUGGAAAAGCAUUUUUCCAGAUUAGACACCUGAGGCAACAUGAGAUUAUUCAUACUGGUGUGAAACCCUACAUUUGUAAUGUAUGCAGUAAAACCUUUAGUCAUAGCACGUACCUAACUCAACACCAGAGAACUCAUACUGGGGAAAGACCAUAUAAAUGUAAGGAAUGUGGGAAAGCCUUUAGCCAGAGAAUUCAUCUUUCUAUUCAUCAGAGAGUCCACACAGGAGUGAAACCUUAUGAAUGCAGUCAUUGUGGAAAAGCAUUUAGGCACGACUCAUCCUUUGCUAAACAUCAGAGAAUUCAUACUGGAGAAAAACCUUACGAUUGUAAUGAAUGUGGAAAAGCCUUCAGCUGUAGUUCAUCACUUAUUAGACAUUGCAAAACACAUUUAAGAAAUACUUUCAGCAAUGAUAUGUGACAUACAUUCAACAUCAAAUAAUCCUCAUAAUGGAACAAAAGCCUCUAAAUCAGAGGUUUUCUGACUUUUGGAUUUCAAGAAGCAAGGAUUUUUUUUUUUUUUAAUGACUUGACCCAGUGUUAAAAACUAUCAGUUUUGCCAUAAUAAAGAAACUUCCUGUUACCAACAUUGUCUCAGAAAAGAAAGGGCAUUUUAAUAUUUUAAAAUAUAGGGAGGAUGUAAUCAUUAGGAAUAACUCUUAACAUUGAAUUAAGUUAGGUUUAUGAAAAUCUCCCAAAUUUGUUUUUAUUUUUCUCAUUUCAUUAUGGGCCAGUGGAAGGUUCAUCAUGGCUAUUUGGACUGGCUUUUGAGAAUCACUGUUUUAAUAAUCCCUUAAAUAAUCAGAAUAAAAUA